CAAAAUGGGCGUUCAAAACAACUCUGGUCCGUUACUGUACCAAACUGUACGUUCCAAAACUAGAGCUUAGUACGAGUAUCCCGCAUGCACGCUACGUAUUCGUACGAGUAAUCGUACUCUCACUAAACCGUCGAGAAAUAUGAAAAAGCAAAGAGCACUUUUUGUCUUUGUCACCUUUCACACGAACGAUAGGACGACACUUCGGUUCUUUCUGCACAACGUGUCCACCAAUACCGUUCUUUCCGACUUGCCUCUAUUUGCAUAUCAAUCAGAAAGGUAUAAUUAUGGGACUGCCAAGAGUGAGGAAAAAAAUUGGCCGAAAGAGCCACCCUUCCAAAAAGCGGAUGGUUUCUUUGUCGUCGGUUAUCCUUUUUGUUCUGGUUGCGCUGGUGUGUUUUUACGUUCUUAUGAUGUGCCUGAUCGCCAACCACACCAAAAGUAUUGCAGCUCCUGGCGAAUCCUCAACUGCAAAAAGGAAGGGCGAUGCUAAACAUCACAUUCCUGACCAGCAAAAGAAUCCUCACAAAAACAAAGGAGACCGUGUUUUGACUGCCUUCGUGGAGCCUAUCGACAGGUCACAGUGGCAGCAAAAGCCACUUCCAAAGAGAACGUCCACGGCGAAAGAUUUGAAGGCGAAACGCUUUCCGAAAGUCAAUUCUUGUAGUAAUCUCAUAGAACAAUGGCCGGCCGACGAGUACCCGGACGAAGACCCUUUUUUACCUUGGAUUCAUGACGUUUUCCCAUCACACGAUGGGAAAGUCAUUCAGAUAGUGGCCCAAAAUAGAAGACGGUGCAACACUGGUAAAAGUCCAGAGAACAAGGAGAUUCACUGGAAGAGGGGACCGCAGCUAUCAUUGUUUCAGAAUGUAGCUGUCAAAAGGGUAAGCGACCCUGAUUCUAGUACAAAAACUCGAUAUCGACUUUCAUCACACGAAGAAGCUGACGAGGACGGAGUUGCAACACGAUUCAUAUGCCGAUUUUCAAAUGGGGAAGAAACGCUUUCGGUGUUCAACUUCGACUAUGAAUGGGCAUCAUUCCGCAAAAAGCAGGCUCAAAUCUUCCAUGAGAAUGACAGCGACAAUAAACAAAUACACACAUCGCAGCUUCUAUUCCGCUGCCCUGUACCCGAAAGCUUAGUCGACACUGUGCGAACGGGCUCAUCGGUAAUAGACGACUUUGCAACAAUAUUUUUGGACCUUGUUCCCAUAAGAACGCCUCCUCGAUUUGGGCCACCCAAUGAAUUUUUAAAACCUUAUUAUAAAGAAUUCCUCUCCCCAAAACCAUUCGAUACGUUACACGAAUGGGGAACUGAUCACGUCCUACCCAAAAUCGAAGAUUCGGGUCGGUGGCAGAAUAUUCCAAUCUGCAAGCCAUCUCUGCUAACCUAUGGAAAGCAAGGAGACGAUACUGCGCUGAUUACCCCGACGAGUCCGAAAGAACCAGAUGCAGCACCAGUUAAGCAGCAUAGAUUGGUUUCAUGCCUCUGGGCGAGUGCGGGGUAUUCAACACGUGGUGAGCGUUUUGCAAUCAAUGAUGGCCAGAGACGUUUGUUAGGUGAGUAAGAGUUCGUGACGUUGCAGCUGCUGUGCKGUAUGGAUCGUUCUGCUGAUGUCUUCACAUCGUGCUUUGUGUGGAUUGGAACCUCUCAAGUUUACUUCUUUGCUCUUUCUCCUAAACGUUCGUUUGCUAGAAUGGAUCACUUAUAAUAAAAUGACCGGUGUUGAACACUUCUAUUUAUACGAUAACUCGGAGGCACAUUCUAAGGACAUAUCGCUCAAAUUCAUAGCAGACAUAUUUCCAGAUGAUGUGACAAUCAUUAACUGGCCCUCAAAAGUCUGCAAUAACAAUCAAAACAAUGU